AUCUAUGUAACUCAAAAUCUCAGCUUUGCUUUACUUAUGGUGAUGAUGGGUUUUGAAACUUUCAAGUCUCAAAUCUUAAUUUUUCUUUGCCCAUCCCUAAAGGCACCGUUUUAACUGUUUUGAAAGCCACCUUUAUUUGUUUGCUUUUGGUACAUAUACAUAUACAUAUCUGUGGAUGUUUUGGAGGUUCAUGCAACAUGAAGCCAUUCAAAUUUGUUUCUCUACUGUUGGAUUUAAAGAGUAAAUCUGGGCACUGCAGUAUCUUGAUGAUUGCUUUGUUGAUUUGUGGUUCUUACUUCAUUAGCAAUGCAAUCCUUUCAAAAGAUUACGGAAUAAUGAUGUCACUCGGAGGAAAAAUGAAUCACACAAGGCAGAAGAAUACACAAUCUAAUAGUGAAUGCAAGAAACAAUGCAGGGCUGUUGGAAGUGAAGCAUUGCCAGAAGGAAUUAUUGCCCAAACUUCAAACUUGGAAAUGCGCCCUUUAUGGGGUCCUGCUGCAAAGAAUAACAAUUCAACUUCAGCAAAUUUAUUGGCCAUUGCAGCCGGAAUAAAGCAGAAAGAAACAGCGAACCAAAUUGUUGAAAAGUUUAUGGAAAAUGGUUUUAGUGUGAUGGUAUUCCACUACGAUGGCGUGGUUGAUGAAUGGCGAGAUAUAGAGUGGAGCAGCCGCGUCAUACAUGUCUCCGCCAUCAAUCAAACUAAAUGGUGGUUUGCCAAGCGAUUCUUGCAUCCAGAUAUAGUAGCAGAGUAUGAUUAUAUAUUUCUCUGGGAUGAGGACCUUGAUGUUCAUGAUUUUGACCCUGGAAGGUAUCUUUCUAUUGUCAAAGAGGAAGGACUUGAAAUAUCACAGCCAGCACUUGGUCCUGGAAAAGUAAGGGUGCAUCAUCAAAUUACUGUACGGUUGAUGAAUUCCAAAGUGCACAGAAGGUUCUAUAAAAAUGGCGGUGGAAGGUGCGAUGAUAACAGCACAGCUCCUCCAUGUGUGGGUUGGGUGGAAAUUAUGGCACCGGUAUUCUCUAGAGCAGCUUGGCGAUGCACUUGGUAUAUGAUCCAGAAUGACUUGAUCCAUGCAUGGGGCCUGGAUAUGCAGCUUGGUUACUGUGCACAGGGUGAUCGGACAAAAAACAUUGGUGUGGUUGACUCUGAGUUUAUAGUUCAUUUGGGUCUUCCUACACUGGGUGUUUCAGAUGGUAACAAGGAUUUGCACAGAGUUGACGCUAGAACUGAAGUGAGGAAACAGUCUGUAUUUGAAAUGCAGACUUUCAAGAGUAGAUGGAAUAAUGCAGUUGAGGAGGAUAAAUGUUGGGUUGAUCCUUAUCCAAAACCUGCAAACCAGACAAUCCAUUAGUGUACAUAAUUUGUAAUGUGAAAGCAAUAGAGACCUCAACCAAUUGAUUUAUUAGUUUGGGAAAACUUCACUUUA